CGUGUCGCGGCGGGCGUGGGGCAGCGCAGGCACCUGCCGGGGCAGCGGGGCUCGGGGCCUGGCCGCUGCUCCGACAGCUCCGGGCAGCGCCUGCCUGCCGGCCCCGGAGCUUUCCUCUCAGCACCGGGUGGGUCCUGGUUCCUUCCCAGGCUCCUGCUGACAGAGCCUGGCCCAGCCCGGAGGACAGGCAGCAGCCCUGCUGCCUCCACAGACCCUCCUGCUGCUCCUGCCUUCCCACAGGUCUCUGCUAGGUCACCCCUGGGGCCCUAGGCAGCUUCUCCACAGCUGGUGGCAGCGGAAGACUGGAUCAGCUUGGAGACCAUUUUCUUAUGUGCAGUGAGAGGAGAAAUCUCUAGUUUGAGGUCUACUCGUAAGAAAGUAGAGGUGUCUAUUUUUCACUUGGCUUCUCAUAUGUGAGGACACCAGUAGGGGAUUCACUGCAUCUUUGUUUCAAUGGUUCCAUUCACUUGGCCUCUGCUCCCCCUGUAAGGAACUUCUUCCUUCCAGCUGAAGGAGGAUCUGUUGUUUUCUAAAAAGGGAUUUUCUCCUCUGUUCAUCUGCACAGGUCAUCUUAACUAAUGACAUUCACAACUUCUAUAAUGAACAUCACUAAAUUGAUGAGCCAAUGAUGGUUUUCUGGUAGUGAACGAGUAAACAAACAUAUCAAACCUACAUCAGAUCAUUUGUUCAGCAUGGAACUGUGCAACAGUUAAAGAUAUCGGUGUCAUGUUUUUACAGCACAUUGAUGCUUAAUACCAGUACAUCUACCAAAACAUGAAGACUAAAACCAAAGGAAAGAAGCAAAGGCAUACUGUUGACAAAGAAGCAUUUUCUGAGGAGACAGCAAUGAGAAAAAAAGAACUGGUGAAAUGCUUGCGACAUAAAGAAAGGAGGAAUGGGGGAAAUAAGGAGAGCAGCAAGAUGACUACAGCCAGAGCCAAGCACCCCUGGAGCAAUAAGGACAGGCAUUUGAGGAGACUGGAAAGCAAUGAGCGGGAGAGGCAGAGAAUGCACAAGCUCAACAACGCGUUCCAGGCUUUGCGGGAGGUGAUCCCUCAUGUGAGAGCUGAGAACAAACUCUCCAAAAUAGAGACUCUCACACUGGCCAAAAAUUACAUUAAAUCCUUGACCUCUAUUAUACUCAAUAUGUCCAACGGACACUUUCCUGCAGCAGAAGGAAUGGGGGGAGCCUGGGGGUCCAAAUUGUAUCAGCAUUAUCAACAGCAACAUGGGGAUGACGAUCAUGAGGAACAUCUACAAAAAUAUUCCGUGUAGAUUCACACCUUCAGCCAAAAUGCCUGCAGUUAGCUACUGCUAUCAUUCUUUUUCCUUCUUGCAUGAUAAUAUGUGUCAGUACAUAGAGGUUUUAAGAGAUUAUUUUUGCCUCCAGCUAUCCCCUAUUUUUUCUUAAAAAGACAAACAGGUAACACUCAUGGCUAUAGCUUAUAUGGCACAUAAAAAAUUACAUGAAAUUGUAUGAAUUUUUCAGAGCUUAAUGGAGAUAUUUGUGUGGUGCAUCAGGGCCUGGAAACCCAUCCUGUAACACUGUAGUUGACUUGAAAGGGAAGAUUUAGUAACUUCUGAAAAUUAGCCUCCCUGGAAGGGCUGCGAGUUGAGCAUUUGGGCCCAUGUCACCUGAAUUCACUGGAGCUUGUUGAGAAUCUGGGCUGUAGCACUGUUCACCAACUGGUCAGUGACUCUGUUCUUAUCUGUCCUGCUACUGAGGCAAUGAAAAUUGAUGACAGCAUUUGACUAACUUGAUGAGUGAAGUGGCACAUAAGGGAAAUUGGCCACCAAAUCGGAAUAUAUUUGCCUUGAGUGUUUUGGAUCUGCUCUGAUAAUUUUGAACCUUGCAAAACAUAAAAUCUUUUAAGGGACUUGUUAAUGUAAACAUCUACAAAGCUUUCUUAGAUUGUAAGCUCUCUAGAGUGAGGACGUUUUCUGGUCUGUGUUUCCAGAGCAUCCAGCCUUGCUGAGUUUUUCUUUAGUGGGUCUCUGGGCGCCAUUGUAAUACAAAUAAUAAAUAAGGGACAAAGGACUUACCUUUGCCAAAACUAUGAUAAAAAUGCUUUAGUAUAGUCAUAAGUUAGACAAUGACCUAUGCAAUUACAAAUUAUUUGCUAAUGAAGCCUGUAAUGUGAUCAGGAUUCUUUCUGGGUUAGCGCUAGAUUCUGUUAUUAUAAAGCACAAUAAAUGAAGCAGGAGCUCUUCAAAAAAGGAAAAUGAGCUGUGCUUUUUUCCCCCCCCAAUCUUAUUGUAAAAAGUUCUAUAUCACUGAGGAACUCAUUUCCUCUCGUAUUCUCAUACCUGAAGAAGAAGCUGAGGUGCCCUCAGUUGGAACAGUGCUGCCUACAGCACCCUUACGGCCAUUCCUACCCCAAGUCCUGUUGCUCCGUGGUGCAGAUAGCGAAGGUAGAAUCUGGCAUCUCCUGCACCAGACAGAUUGAUAAUAGUGUGCGGCGUGGUCCUUCUCCCUGCAAAGCAGGGCUAUCCAAGGAGGAACGGUGCCUGAGGAAGGGUUGUGAUCGGAGCCGUCACAGAAGGGUUAUGCUGUGCUGCAUAGCUUGUAACAUGCUAGCUGUUUUGCUCCAGCAGGGCUGGUAAAGUGGACUAAAAGGUGUAAGGUUCCCCAGGCAGGCUGGCAAGGGAUGUGAAUUAUUUUUUUCCACCAUAGUGAUCUACAGGUAUGAUGUAAACAAUGUAAUGUUUUAUAUGUGUGGUUUCCUUACUGGAGACAGAAAUAAUUUCUAUCCUGCCUCGACUGGGGCUUUUCUUAGUUUCUAAACUGUUUUCACACCAAAAUAGUUGUGAUCAGCCCUUCUAGUACUCAACUGUAAAUGAAAGCAUUGCCUAGUCUCUUACAGGUUUGACUUCCCGUAACAGUGCUGUAUCUUACUGCAUUCAACAGCUGCUCCUUAUGGGUAAGGCCCUUAAUGUAUUUAUAUGUUGUCUCACUAUAAUGGGAGAAAUCAGUAACACCAAGGCAUUUUCUUUCAGUUGUCCUGCUUGGCAUCUCUUCAGGUCAGAGAGUACGUUGGGUGGUAUUUGGCCUCUUCUCAGUGCACAGGUCAGCAUGAGCAGGACCUGACAGGCUGUUGGUAGCAACAGACCCACCUCUGCCUGGAAUGGUGGGAGAGGAGCAUUGGAGCAUUGUGGAGGUGGCACUGCGGGCCCACGCAGGGCAGGUCAGGGUGGUGGUCGGUGCCCUGCCAGGACUCCCCGCGGCCUGCAGAGGUGACCGCACCCUGGUGCAGGCCCGGGCCCCGGGCAGCUCGCGCCGCCAGCGUCCCGCCAGAAGGGGCGUGGCGAGAGGCCUGCCCCGCGAGCCGCGGGUGGUCUUCCCCCGGCCGUGAGGGCGGCGGUGGCGGCUGCGACCUCGGUGUUCGCCAGCGGAGCGAGCGAGCUGCGGAGACGGGGAGGUACGCGGGAAGGCGGGGGGCGUCGCCCGGAUGGGUGGGCGCUUUGCGCGGCGUCGCUUCGCUGCGGGAGCGAGCGGCGGGGCUGAGGGGCCGCGGCUGUGAGGCUUUUUGGCGGGCUCGUCCUCUCGCGAGAGGAGCCGGGGACGCUGCCGCUCCUGAGGGAGCGUGGGGAGCCCGGCGGGGCUCCGGGACGGUGUGCCUCGGCGCUGCUUCUGGCGCCUUCGGCUGCGCCUGCUGCUGUGGGAGGCUGAUGUCUGAGGAGUGGCGGAAGGACAGACCCACGGGGCGCUCGGGCCGGGACGUAGCGGCAGGCCCCGGAGGGGCCCAGCAGCUCUGCUGAGGACGGCUUGGGGCCUGUGUGAAGGCAGUGCAGGGCGGCGUACCUGGCACCGCGUUGCAGCAGGGACCUCUGUCUCAGGAGAAGGACGCUGCUACCCAGGUGUGGCCUGCACAGAGGACCUGGGGCCUCUGCCCUGGGCGGCAGCAGCGGUGGCCUCAAAUACUGGUGUUGGGGGGUUGUUGUGGAACCUCCAUCCUUGGAGGUGUUCAGAGAUUGACUGGAUAUGACUUGGAGCAGCCUGAUUGUAUUGCCCCUGCAGGGUGUUGCACCAAAUGACUUCCUGAGGUCCCUUCCAGCCUAAAUUCUGUGGUUUUGUGUGUGUCAUACAAUAAAUUACUCCUUCAAG